UUUGACACAACGUAAUGCAAAUUGUAAAAUAGCUGACAUCUUGGUGUCGGGAGGGCGAAGGUUUUGUGUCGUUUUAUCUGUUCAAGAUAUCUAGCAUGGCUCGGCUUCACUAGGAGACUUCAUUACCCUUCGUGCAAUGGGUCCAUAGAGUGACGGCGGCACUCUGAUGGCGGCCUCCACAUUCUCCUGAGAGCUGCGCUCACUCCGAGCGCUGGCAGUACUUGUAAGGAUAGUCUGUCAGAAACUGAGCCACCCAUGUAACAGUAAAACAUGGACGGAUGGAGCUCAGUCGUUGUUCCGGAAAAUGACCGAUCGAUCUCCGAAGGGGAGUACAUGCUAGGACACGGACCUGCAGGUGAGACCCGAGAAGCGGCGGACGAAGAGCCGCGGAACGCCGCGGAGAGGAUGGAGGACGUGGGCGCAGAUACAGCAGCAGCAGCAGCAGCAGCGUCCGUGGGGUUUGGCAUCAGCGGGAUAGGCGAAGGCAAAAUGGUUUUGGGUCGAGUCGGCUCCAAAGAUGACAAAGAGCUCAGGUACCUGCACCUUUUGUGGGAGCCGGGGCGAGGCGAGCUCGGCCCGGGUGGUGUGUCGAGCGGCCUGGGGAAGAUAGCGGGGAGCAGGGCCAGGAGACACCAGCGAGCCGUGCGGAAUCUCGGUCCUAUUGGGAAAGACAUUUACGCUGCUAAAAGACUGAGGGAAGCUGCCAACAGCAAUGAUAUAGACACAGUGCGAAAAUUCCUCGAGGAUGACAUCGACCCCUGUGCUGCCGAUGACAAGGGCAGGACAGCCCUCCACUUCUCCUCCUGCAACGGCAACGACGGCAUCGUGCAGCUGCUGCUGAGCUACGGUGCCGACCCCAACCAGAGAGACAGCCUGGGAAAUACCCCUCUGCACCUGGCGGCCUGUACCAACCACGUGCCUGUAAUCACCACGUUGCUGAAAGGAGGAGCUCGCGUGGAUGCUCUUGACCGAGCAGGCCGGACCCCGCUGCAUCUAGCGCGCUCUAAGCUUAACAUCCUGCAGGAAGGAGAAUCGCGCAGCUUGGAGACGCUCAGAGGAGAAGUCACCCAGAUUAUUCAAAUGCUAAGGGAGUACCUAAACCUGAUGGGCCAAAGUGAAGCUAAAGAGAGGCUGGAGCACAUUUCAACGCAGCUGCAACACACACGCACCAGACAACAGGUGGAUGAGGUGACUGAUUUACUGGCCAGCUUUACGUCACUUAGUCUACAGAAACAGAACCUGGAUGCUAGGUAGAAGAUUAACCGUACACAGAGCAGCCGUCCAGCUCCUUUUUUAAAUAAGCCAAGCCUCUGAUUAUCUGUGUACAACCCUAAGGGCACAUGUCUAACCAUCAGACUGGGAAUGGCUGUCGGUGUUUAUUUAAGGGACCGCUGUGGACAAAAGCCCUCAGCCUGUCGAUCUGGACCAGGGCAAGAACGAUUUAACAACAAUGUCUCUCAUGAAGUUUUCCCAAAGGAGUUUUCUAUUAGAAACGGGAUUGUCAAGUUUUUACGUUGAUACAAAACCCAUUGAUUUUAUGGUUAAGCUAUUCUGAACUCAAAUUGUAGAAAGAAAACUCUGUUGAAAAACAUUGUUAGAAACCCAGAGAUGUAGAAUUUUGUGGUACUGAGAUUUUUAUUUUUAAAGAUCCGAACUACCGAUUCCAAUUUCUCUUUAAGUACUAUAUUUAUUAUAAUUUUUGGAUAAAUUGAAAAUGUAACCGUUCUCACAAAAUGUUAAUUGAAAAGUGAAAAAACGGCUCUUUCUACAUCUGUCAAAAUACAGUUAUAUUCUUUAGGUGAUGUGUGGAGGUGUACCAUGAAAGAUGUUCUUUAUUUUAUAUAUAUUUCACCCACAUGCACUUAAUAUAAGUAGCCACUGUUUCCAACAUGAUGUUUCAGUGGAAAACCUUGAUUUACUGCCAGAUUUAUCAAAGUAUUAAAUUAUUCAUACAUUUCUUGUAACUAUGUACGGGGGCCUUACAAAGUCUUUGUGUGAUCUCUCAUUGAGGAGUUCUGUUUGAACCAAUCUGUUUGUCUAUUUCCUAGAUAAUAUAGACCAAAACUUCAAAUAGGAUUUUCAGGAGACUCCCAAUGUUUCCAAAUCCAGUGUGUUACAUAGAAUCGGCGCUCUUCAAAAGAACAACUUUGACUCUUCUUCUCUGGGUCGUUAGCAAGCCCUGUCGGCACUGGGGCAACCAAUCGGAAAAACGGUUGGAUCUUUAGUUGACGCUUGUUCGGUCGCUUGUUCGGUCAUGAUGGCUGGGCAAGUGUAAAGCGGCGAAUUCUGGUCCCCGUUAAUUGGCGCAACUCUUGGAAAAACUGGUUCAGAUUUAACAGAACAGGCAAAAAAAAACUUAUAAAAAAUCUACUCGACCUCUGGAAACAGUAGUGUAACUGGAGUAAGGUUGUGUGCUCACUUUUUUUCUGUUUGCCUUCCAUUCAUUGAAUAUACUGUGAUAAUUACACAACACAAUGGUUUAACAGUUUUAACUGGUGUAUCUUGUUUUCUUGUCAAAGUGUCUUUGUCAUUUGCCUUUUUUUUUAACUGUGCACAGUGACUCUUUUCUGAACUGUGUUGUAAAGAAAACUUUGCUGUUGGAAUUUAAAAUGAUCCAAUAAAUCAAUAAGUUGGCUAUGA